AUGGAUCCACCACAACCUUUGGUUCAACUACUACCUGCAAGCUCGGGAAAUUCCCAAGCUCCCAGUCAGUCCCAAGUCAAUCAGAAUGCCGAUCCACUUCUGAAUAUUGACACCACUGUAGUGGAAUUAGACAUGGGUGCCGCCCAGCAAACUCCAACUCCGACAUUGCAAGCUUCUGAACAUAUUGCUCUGCCUGACGUGCAACCAGAUCCUCCCAUCCUUGUAAAAAAGAAUACCGGACCAAAUUUCCUGGAGUAA